GCUCAUCUGCAGGGUUCACACGAGUGUGUCUGUGUCAGUGUGUGUGUGUGAGUGAGAAAGGUUCGCCAAGGGGCUUCUAAUUCUGCAGUACGGAGGUCUGCGAUGAACCACAGGAGGAGGAAUCCCUACAGCACAGCCCCCCAUGACCAAUAAGGAGGGACACCACCCAGCCACAUGGGCAAGGCCUCCCCCAAAAUAACCUGCCACUAUUGCACUGACAAAUGUUGCUACUUUUACUGGUGACAGGUUACCGUAGCUGCCCGGCUCCACAUUUUCCUGUAAACUUCAAGGUUAAUUCUCAGCAAGAAAAGCGGGAAGGCCGAGCAGCUGCCGGUGUCUGAGAUUUUCCCGGGUGGCAGGAGCCAGAAGACUGGAAUCGGCCCCCUUUCAGCACAGGUGCACUCUGAGGAUUUACUAGUCCUUCCACAGGGGCCAGCUGGGUUUAUUCUGAAGCAACAUGCAAGAGAACAGCAUUGACCAGCCACCGUCGCUGUCUCAGCUGUUAAGGGAGAGUUACCUGGCAGAAGCCACAGCCCAGCAGCGCCACAGCGAGAUGAGCCGCUCAGACGCUUCGUCCUCUCGCAUUCAGAUCUACGGAUCACUCAAAGGCAAGGCAGAGGACACUAUUGGCCAUGGUGACCCCCAGUUUCCAGACCUUUCAGCCUUUCUCAGCCAGGAGGAACUGGAUAAGAGCGUGAACCUGGCUCGCCAGGCCAUCGGACACGAGCCUCGUGAGGAGAGGGCAGAGGUCAAAGCCUCUGUCACGCCAUCUACCCCGUCCAGAAUCUCCUCACCCUCAGUUUCUUCAUCCACACCCAGUUCUGUUCCCAUCUCUAACCCCUCUAAUGCUCCUUCUGCUUCCCCCUCAACUGUGCCCCUCACUCAGCCGGAAACUUUCACAUCUGACAGAAAGAUGCACAAAGCAACCACACGGCAGGACAAUGUGAUCAGGAGCAGCAGGGACUUUGGUGAAGGAUUCCAAGACUACAACAGGUCAGCAAGAAAUGCCCCUUACGGUGUGGAGACCCAGUCCAAGAAGGAGUUCCUCAAUAAGGCAGCUGACUUCAUUGAGGAGCUGUCCUCUCUGUUCAAGGCCAACAGCUCCAAACGGAUACGCCCGAGAGCCUGCAAAGCCCACAGGAGCAGGAACCCAAACAAGAGCCAGAACGAUGGGACAACUUAUCCCCUCGUCGCUGACAACCGGGAGCGCGCAGUCAUGUCCAUGGAGGUGGAGAAGGAGACACCCAGCCCUCCCGUUACACACCAACCAGUUGCCCAGCUGGGUUCUGAGACAGGACACGUGGAGUUUCAGGACUGCUCGAUUACUGAGGAGCACCAGUGUGACUCUGUGCUCCAGGAGGCGGAGGAAGAGCCUCAAAGCUUUGCCUUAACAGAAACUCCAUAUCCAGCAGAGCCUGUGUGUGAACCGCCUCGCUUCAUCCAGAAACUGAAAAGCAGGGAGGUUUCUGAGGGCACCAAGGUCCGGUUGGACUGCAUUGUUAGAGGACUCCCUCUGCCUGAAGUCCGGUGGUUCUGUGAGGGAAAGGAGCUGGAGAACAGCCCUGACAUUCAAAUCAUCACCAAUGGUGAGCAGCACUCUCUGAUUAUUGCAGAGGCAUUCGAGGAGGAUACCGGGCGCUACUCGUGCUUUGCGUCUAACUGCUACGGUACCGACUCCACGUCAGCUGAGAUCUACGUAGAAGGUGCCUCAUCUUCCGAUUCUGAUGUGGAACCGCACUUUGAACAUGUAGCCCAGCUGCAGAGAAACCAACCAAAGUCAUCCCCAUCUUUACCGUCAUCUUUAAAUGAAACCUUCCCUCCAGAGGAGGAGGAAAGCGUGUCAUCCCAGCCUGCAGCGGCCCCCGAGGAACAACCAGAGGAGCAGCUCUCGCCUCCAGUGGCUGCUCAAACAGCAUCUGAACCUCUUCUACCAAUCCGGACAUCUGCUGCUAUACUUCCAGUCUCAGAGUUAUCAGAAGAAUCUGUGGCAUCAGCAGCACAUCCUGCUCAGGAGGAAACAUCUGUGCUGUCUGUGCAGGUGUUUCCUGUUUCAACAGGUGAUUCAGAACUUAGAGAAGCCCAAGGAGCGUCAGCAUCUGUCCCAGUCAUAUCUACUCCACAGCUGCAACACACGGCUUCAACAACAGCUACGUCACAGCCUUUAAACUCAGUAUCAUCUGUAGUGCCUGUCCUGCCACCUCCAGCACAAACACCCCAGCCUGAGAGUCCAACUCCCAACCACAGCUCUCCACAAGGAUUAAACGGGCAACCCAUUAUGGCUGCCCCUGUCUUCACGAAGAGCCUACAGGACCUCAUUGCAUCAGAAGGCCAGCUGGUGGUGCUAGAGUGUCGUGUGAAAGGGGUGCCGUCACCUCGAGUGGACUGGUACAGAGAAGGAAAAAUCAUGGAGGACUCGCCUGAUUUCAGGAUCCUGCAGAAAAAGCCCAGAUCUCCAGCUGAUUCAGAGGAAAUAUGCACUUUGGUCAUUGCUGAGGUCUUUCCUGAAGAUUCGGGGGUGUUCACAUGUACAGCAAACAACAAGUAUGGAACCGUGUCUAGCAGUGCUGCACUCAGGGUCAAAGGCAAUGGCAGCAACAGCAACCAUGUGAGGUCUUCAAGCAGUUUAAUAGUGGAGCCAAGUCAAGUUCAAGAACUUUCCCCAUCAGCUCCUGCUGUAAAACCUCAACCAGAGGUUGUUAUAACCAGCAGCAUUAAGCCGCACUCCAGCACCAUUCGUCUUGACCCACUCGUCUCUAGCACCUUACGCCUGGACCCCUUAAACACUAGCAGCCUUCGUCUAGACCCUCACAACUCUAGCAUGUUGCGUCCAGACCCCCUCCGCACCAGCCUGCCCAAUCUGGAGCCCUCCAGCCUGAGCAGCAUUUGUGUCUGUUUGAUCAACAGGGACCCAGCUCAGCUCCAGAUCCUGCACAACCAGGUCCUCAUGGAGCAGCAGCAGGAGACUGAACCACAAACGCAAACCCCCAUCCAGCCUCAGUCUCACCCACCGUACCAGAUCCAAAUCCAGCCCGGAGUCCAGACCUCCCCUGAAGCUCCACUGUGGUCUCCAAGAAUACCGCACGUGCCGCCUUUACAUACUACAACAGCCCUUCAGCAAACCCCCCACUCAGCACCUCCAGUGACCACCACCCCACAUGCUCCAGGAUCAACGUCUGCUGCAGCACUCAACGCCACCUUUUCACCUUUUCUUAACACUUCCCAAGCUUCCCUUUUGAGCUCUCCUCCUUCACUUCCUCAGCAUAUGAAAUCCUCACUGGUGACCUCCCCCCCACCUGCCCCACAGCUAAACUCCGCCCCUUCUCUCAGUACAGCACCUGUAACCCAGAUGAACACCAUCCAUGCCUCCCAUAUUAACCUGUCCCCUGCAUCUUUUGCCAAAACUGCACCCACAGCCCAGUUUUACUCUCCGCCUGCACCAAAGCUCAACACGGUCCCUACAGAUUCGACCCCGGCCUUGCAGCAGAUCACGUCCCCGGCUCCUCUUCUAAGAAGCACCCACGCCUCCCUCAUGAAUCUCACACCUACCUCACACUCCUUCAACUACAUCCGACCUAAAGAGUUUGUAGCCGCUCAGACCCUCUCACCGGUCAGGAGUCCUUCCCCAACAGAGUCACCAGUACCACUAUUACAAGAGCUGGCUGCUGAGCUCAACUCCUCCGCGGCUAGCUCCCCUACUCUCCUCCCACCCCUCUCCCCACCACCCAGGAUUUUCCCCACAAGGGUGCUCAAGUCUCCCACCAGCCCACCGUCUCUCGUAUCCUCGCCUACACCGGGGUCAGUGCAUAGCUUGUUCGUCCUAAGAGCCCAGUCACCCCCUCAGGCUUCUUCUCCCACCUCCAGCAGCUCCACCCCGAGUCCCAUCCAAAACCCUGUCGCCUUCCUCAGCUCCGUCCUGCCAUCCCUGACCCCGAGCCAGCCCACCAACUCAAUGGGCCUGCCCAAGGGAGCUCCGUUAGGGCUUCAAAAGAAGGCACUGAAGAUCCGCCCUCCGUCAGCUGAAGCCAUCCGCGAGAGCAGAGAAAUUAUCCUCCUCGACAUCGAGAAGAAGCUUCGAGUUAAAGACGACACUCCACAUUUUGUACAUCAGCAGAAGCUGAGUAAUGAGGGGAAAACAGCGAGCAGGCCCCUCGGACCAAACAUUGCCGCUACUGUCAUUAACUAUGAUGAGGUACACGGACCCGACCCAAGCACUGCUUUGCUCGAGGCUGUAUGGGUUAUACUUCUGUUUCAGACACAACUUAGGAUACUGUCAUCUACAGGGACUGAUCACCAGGGGCGAAUCAGCUGCUCAGGUCAUUUAAUAGUCCAAACGGGACCUCCCCGAAACCGAAUGACACCCAUUCAUGCUCAGAGGGUGCGAAACCGCAUACAGGAAGUUGAAGGUGAACAAAGUCAGGGGCGCUUUUUUCAACCUCACUUCCUCCAGGCUCCAGGGGACAUGAUGGCUCAUGAGGGAAGACUGUGCAGACUAGACUGUAAGGUGAGCGGCCUACCCAACCCUGAGCUUAUGUGGCUGGUCAACGGGAGGCCCGUUUAUCCAGACCUUUACCACAAGAUGCUGGUGAGAGAGAACGGCGUCCAUUCCCUGGUCAUUGACCCUCUCACUCAGAAAGACGCCGGCACAUACACCUGCAUCGCAAGCAAUAAAGCAGGGCAGAGCUCCUUCAGUCUGGAGCUGCAGGUUGUGGAAAAGGAAAGGAAGCACCCACCCCAGUUUGUGGAGAAGCUGCAGAACAUGGGGAUUCCUGAGGGAGCUCCAGUAAGGCUGGAAUGUCGCGUCGUGGGUAUGCCUCCUCCGGUCAUCUUCUGGAAAAAAGACAACGAGACUAUUCCCAGAACUAAAGACCGAAUCAGCAUGACCCAGGACGCCACAGGAUAUGUGUGUCUCCUUAUCCAGCCGACAACAAAAGACGAUGCAGGCUGGUACACAGUGUCAGCAAAAAACGAGGCUGGAGUCAUUUCAUGCACCUGCAGACUUGAUAUAUAUGCACAGUGGCAUCAGAGCAUCCCCGCACCCAUGAAGAAAACUCCACGAACAGGAAGUCGAUACGCGGCUCUGACAGGCCAGGGGCUCGACAUCAAGUCAGUGUUCCCCACGUCGGACACCAGCCCCAUCCUGUUCGCCAGCUCCCCACCAGAGGCCACACUGGAGAGCGAAGAACUGUGAGAGCUGGCGCAGGGGGAGGGACCCUCCAAACAGAUACUGCGACCUCUCUGAGGAGAGCGAUUACCUGAGCAGAUUUUGUGUGAUGCAUUUGAA